UUGACGAAGAAAUAAUAACCGGCAUAUAAAAAAGCCCUAAAUAGAAUCCCUGUUCGCCGCCGCAUCCAAAAACCCUUCCGAUUUACUCCACGCCCCACCGCCGCCGCCAGUCGCCGCCCACUCCGCCUGAGUCGAGCACUUUCUAAUGCGGAUCAGAUCGAGCUACCUGAGCACUACUCAUACACUCGAUUUCGUAAUUGCUCCGACUUUCCGAAUUAUUACGUGAUCUGCAACAAGCUUGCGCCGAUUUUUGCUCUUCUUUUUUUUGUCAUUUGUGGUCUGCUUGUCUCGAGUUUCUAUCGAUGGCGUCGGCGAUUGGAUGUUGCUCUCUCAAAAUUGCACACCAAGGAAGGUUGGCAAAAUGGAGGGCGCCCAGAGCAGCUGUGGUGCCUAACUUUCAUCUUCCCAUGAGAAGCUACGAGAUUAAAAAUAGGACCAAUGCUGAUGAGAUAAAAUCACUUAGACUGAUUACUGCAAUCAAAACUCCUUAUCUGCCAGACGGCAGAUUCGAUCUAGAGGCCUAUGAUGCCUUAGUGAACUUGCAGAUAAAAGGAGGUGCUGAAGGGGUGAUUGUUGGCGGCACCACCGGUGAAGGUCAGCUGAUGAGCUGGGAUGAACACAUCAUGCUCAUUGGCCACACAGUAAAUUGUUUUGGUGGAUCGAUCAAAAUCAUCGGAAACACCGGAAGCAACUCAACAAGAGAAGCCAUGCACGCCACUGAACAAGGAUUUGCUGUUGGAAUGCACGCCGCCCUCCACAUCAAUCCUUACUAUGGCAAGACCUCUCUCGAGGGUCUCGUCUCUCAUUUCGAAAGCGUGCUUCCUAUGGGCCCCACAAUUAUCUACAACGUACCAUCACGUACCGGCCAGGACAUCCCUCCGCAUGUUGUUCUCGCACUAGCCCAGAACCCCAACUUGGCGGGCGUCAAGGAAUGUGUCGGACACGAUAGGGUAGAGCAGUACACAUGUCAGGAAGUUGUUGUAUGGAGCGGGAACGACGACCAAUGCCAUGACUCUAGGUGGGACUUUGCAGCAGCAGGUGUAAUCUCCGUGACGAGCAACUUGGUACCCGGUCUGAUGCGAGAACUGAUGUUUGGGGGAAAGAAUCCGUCUUUGAAUUUGAAACUUAUGCCUCUGAUCAAGUGGCUUUUCCACGAGCCAAACCCGAUUGGCGUAAACACAGCCCUUGCUCAGCUGGGAGUAGUGAGGCCGAUCUUCCGGCUGCCAUAUGUCCCCCUUCCCCUGCCCAAGAGGAUCGAAUUUGUGGAGAUAGUGAAGGAUAUUGGGCGCGAGCAUUUCAUCGGGGACAAAGAUGUUGCUGUCCUGGAUGACGAUGACUUCGUUCUCAUCGGUCGGUAUUAGCUGUCAGCUGUAGCAACAUACAUACAUAAGGUUAGUACUUGGUUUAUCAAGUCUUUAACUGUGUGUUUGUGCGGACAUUCUUGUAUUUUGGGCAUCUAUGGGCUAUUUAAGGUUAUGACAUGACCUUGUGGAAAUAUGUGUUGGUGAAUCUGUCUU